AUCCAGAAACAAACCACUUCGAUGACUCCUAAUAGUUAUCGCCAGAUGUACUAAUACACAACAAAUCACGGUCCGGGAGAGGGGGAGAGCAAAUGAGUUCCUAUUUUGUGAAUCCCACUUUCCCGGGGAGCCUGCCCGGGGGCCAGGACUCCUUCCUCGGGCAGAUCCCCCUGUACCCGGCGGGCUAUGAUGCUCUCAGGCAUUUUCCGGCUUCGUACGGGGCAAGCAGCCUGCAGGACAAGACUUACACCUCACCUUGUUUCUACCAACAGUCCAACACCGUCAUUGCUUGCAGUCGGGCUUCCUAUGAGUACGGAGCCUCUUGUUUUUAUUCGGACAAGGACAUUAGUAGCGCCUCUCCUUCCGGCAGUGGCAAACAGAGGGGGCCCGGGGACUACCUGCACUUUUCUCCCGAUCAACAGUAUAAAACCAGCAGCGGCCAAGCCAAAAUUAUAAAUGACGAAGGCACCGACCGGAAGUACACGAGCCCUGUUUACCCCUGGAUGCAGCGGAUGAACUCCUGCGCUGGUACAGUAUAUGGAACACAUGGGAGACGAGGGAGGCAAACUUACACCAGAUACCAAACGCUAGAGUUAGAGAAGGAAUUUCAUUUUAACAGAUACUUAACCCGAAGACGACGUAUUGAGAUUGCAAACGCUCUCUGCCUUACUGAACGCCAGAUUAAAAUAUGGUUUCAAAACAGGCGGAUGAAAUGGAAAAAGGAAAACAAAUUCAUAAAUUCCACACAGCCCAGCAGCGAAGAAACAGAGGAAAAGUCAGGGGAGUAGAACCACGUUUAAUAAAUGCUACCAGGCCUUUCCUUAGAGCUUA